AGGGACCCGGACCGAGUAGACAGACUGUGUCAGGGCAUGAGGACGAGAUGUUGCUGAAGCUGCUGUUGCUGCUGCUGCCCGUGCUGUGGGGAGGAGCCCUGGCUAAGGAUUCAAGCUACCGGCUGGUACUACAGGAGUCUGUGAUAGUGCAGGAGAGUCUGUGUGUCUCUGUGCCAUGCAAGUUUUCCUACUCCAGGAUGUUCCCUAAAUACCUGCACAAGCAUUGGUUCAAGGAAAUAGAAAAUGAAAAUCUUGGUAUUCUGGUGGCCACAAACAAUCCAGAAGAGAAGCUACAAGAGAGGACCCAGGGCCGGUUCUUGAUUCCCAUGGACCCCAAGUCCGAUGACUGCUCCCUGACCAUCAGAGAUGUCAACAUGAGGGACAGUGGGACGUACUUCUUUCAUGUAAAAUAUGGACUCUAUGAACAUACAUAUGAAGACCAAAUGCUCUCUCUGAAAGUGACAGCCCUGACCGACAAACCUGACAUACUCAUCCCAGGGCCCCUGGAGUCCGGCCGCCCCAAGAAACUGAACUGCUAUGUGCCCUGGGCCUGUGAGGAGGGCACGCCCCCCAUCUUCUCCUGGACAUCAGCUGCUUACACCUCCCUGGACUCCAGGUCUCAUCAUCUUUCCUCUGUGCUCACUCUCACCCCAAGGCCCCAGGACCACGGCACCAACCUCACCUGUCAGGUGCAUUUUCCUGCCACUGGUGUGAGCGUGGAGAGAACCAUCCGGCUCAAUGUGGCCUAUGCUCCACAGAACAUGGCCAUCCACGUCUUUCAAGGGAACAGCACAGCCCUCAAGAUUCUGCAGGCCACUUCCCUUUCCAUCCUGGAGGGAGAGGCCCUGAGGCUGCUCUGUGAGGCUGACAGCAACCCUCUUGCCAGGCUGAGCUGGUUCCGGAGGUCCCCAGGCCUGAACGCCACCCCCCUCUCCAGCACCGCGAUCCUGGAGCUGCCUCGCGUGGGGCCUGCACAGGAAGGAGAGUUCACCUGCCAAGCUCGGCACAGGCUGGGCUCCCACAGGGUCUCUCUCAUCCUCUCAGUGGUCUAUCCCCCGCAGCUGCUGGGACCCUCCUGCUCCUGGGAGGACCAGGAUCUGCACUGCAGCUGCUCCUCCAGGGCCCAGCCGGCCCCCUCCCUGCGCUGGUGGCUGGGGGCGGGGCUGCUGGAAGGGAACCACAGCAACUCGUCCCACGCGGUCACCUCCAGCUCAGAGGGGCCCUGGACCAACAGCUCUCUGAGCCUCCGCGUGGGGCUCAGCUCUGACCUCCGACUCAGCUGCGAGGCCAGGAAUGUCCUAGGGGCCCAGAGCGCCUCUGUCCUGCGGCUGCCAGGUAAAGGGGCCUUUUGA